UAAAUGCUGCAGGGCCAUCGGUUAUGACCAUGCCGCCUACAUUAAUCCUGCAAAGGCAGCUGAGAUGCUCUCAGAAGGUGAGCUGAAGGACUUUGCCCAGGGCCAGUCCCUGUACCGUGUUCUCCAGCCCUGGUGGGAUGUCUUCAGUCACUACCUAUCCAUCAUGAUGUUCUCAAUCGGAACCCUCGGAGGAACUCUGCAGGUCACCCUCCGCAAGAUCGUCUGCGUCCCCUGUCAGAUGACAUCAGAUGACUUCUGUGUGGUUUUUAACCAUAGAGGCACCGCAUUAAGGAAUGCCACUACUGAAGCCAGCUUCCCUCUCCUCCCCAAGGGCCUUUACAAGCUAGAUCUUCAGCAGUAUGCUUACGUUGACGCCGUGUGCUACGAAAAACAACUCCACUGGUUCGCCAAGUUCUUCCCCUACGUGGUGAUGCUAGAGACUCUGGCUCUUGUGAUUAUAAGUAACUUGUGGUUCAAGUACCCUAGCACCAGCUCCAGACUCAUGCACUUUGUCUCCAUUCUACACAAAUGCUGUGACUCUCCCUGGACCACCCGGGCCUUGUCCGGGACAGUGGCAGAGCAGGGUGGGGCCCAGCCCUCAAUGAGCAUGUGCAGUCCUGCUCUCCAGGCCUCUUCAACAUCAGACUGUAGCAGCAGAAGGCCGAUGGGGACAGAGUUUCUUAGCGUUUUAGACAAAAAGGAAGGUGAGCAGGCCAAAGCUAUCUUUGAGAAGGUGAAGAAAUUGAAAGUACAUGUGGAGGACAAAGACAUCAUUUAUCACUUGUAUAUGAGGCAGAUAGUCACCAAGAUUGUGUUUCUGCUCUUCACCUUGGCCUAUAUCCCUUACGCAGCCUCACAUAUCCUGUUUGACGUUGACUGUGUGGUAGAUUCCCAAGCGGCGCUGAUGCCGUUUCAGCCCUUUCACUGUGUUCACUCACUGGCCACCAUUUUCUGGCUCCUCUCCUUGGUUUACACAGUACUGAUGGUCAUUUACAGCUUGACUUGCUUCUACAGCUUCUGGUGGAUGAUGAGAAACUCUCUCAGGGAGUACUCCUUUGACUCAGUGAGGGAGGAGAGCAGCUUUAGCGACAUCCCCGAUGUCAAGAAUGACUUCGCCUUCAUCCUCCACCUCCUGGACCAGUAUAACCCUCUGUUCUCUAAACGCUUUGCAGUCUUCCUCUCAGAGGUCAGUGAGAAGAAACUGAGGCAGCUCAACCUGAACUACAUGUGGCCUUUGGAGAAGCUGACCCAGAAGGUGAUGCGUAACGCUCAGGACCAGAUAGAGCUCCAUCUCAUGCUCCUCAGCGGCAUCCCAGAGGCCGUGUUCGAUAUCAGGGAGCUAGAGGUGCUCAAGCUGCAGCUGAUACCGGAUCCUAGGCUCACGCAGAAGCUUACGCAGCUGGGGAACCUGAGAGAGAUCUGGCUGGAUCAUUCUCCUGCCACCGUAGACCUCAUGGCUCUGGGGUUUCUCUCUGAGAACCUGAGGAUCCUGAGGAUGAAGUUCACAGAGGUGGAACAGGCUCCCUGGUGGGUUUUCAGUUUGCGUAACCUGACUGAGCUCUAUCUGUACGGAAAUAUGUUCAAUCAGGACAACACAACGUUCGUCAACAGCCUACCCAAGCUCAAGAAUCUGAAGGUGUUAUUCAUCAAGUGCACCAUCACCGCCAUGCCGAAAGUGAUUACCAACUCAAUACCCUCGAUACAGAAGCUUUCCGUCGACAACGAAGGCACCCAACUCUCUGUCCUGCAGAGUCUGAAAAUGAUGUCACAGCUCACCUGCUUGGAGCUACCGAACUGUGAUCUCCAGCGGAUACCGAGUCCUAUCUUCAGCCUGAAGAACCUGCAAGAAAUAGACCUCAAAGGGAACAACCUCAAAACCAUUGAGGAGAUCGUCAGUUUCCAGCACCUUCCCAAGCUCUCUGUCCUGAAGCUGAAGUACAACAGUAUCACUGACAUCCCUGUCCACGUCGGCGUGCUGGGCAACCUGGAGCAGCUUCAUCUGGGUCAUAACCUCAUCAGCUGCAUGCCACCGCAGCUGUUCCUGUGCAGCAGACUCUAUCUGCUAGAUCUCAGUCACAACAAGCUGUCUGCCAUUCCUAUUGAAAUACAGGAACUGAAGAGACUGCAGCUCCUCAAUGUGUCUAACAAUAAUAUUGACCAUCUCCCAGAAGGGAUGUUCCAGUGUAAGACCCUCCAGUCCCUACUGCUAGGUCACAACAACCUGUCAGUGCUCCCCCACCAGGUGGGUGAGCUGACCAACCUGGUGGUGUUGGACCUGAGGGGGAACCAGCUGGAGAGCCUUCCUGCCGAGCUGGAGGAGUGCCACAGCCUGAUGCCUAGUGGACUGCUGGUAGAGGAGGGGCUGCUCAACUCUCUGCCCCCCAGUGUCAAGGAGGGCUUCCAGAGGCCUGAUAAGGAGUACCUGGGGAAAAUGGAGGCUGAAGGAGUGGGAAAUGCUCUCACCUGUAACCCCAUUAUCUGUAAUACAGCAGGACAUGGAGAUACGGCCUGCAGCGUGAUAUACUCCAUGUGAUGGGGCUAUCCCAAGUGAACCUCUUACCUCAGUGGCUUUAAACCUGGUGUAUUAGUAGACCUGUGUGUAACGGAUGUGAAACGGCUAGCUUAGUUAGCGGUGUUCUGUUCGCGUUGAACAGCGUUUCAAUCGGUGACGUCACUCGCUCCGAGACCUUGAAGUAGUAGUUCCCCUUGCUCUGCAAGGGC